UUCACUUAUUUCAUAAAGCAAAAUGUUCUGAAAUGGCGGUUCAGCAGGUCACGAUUUCUGUUCAGAGUGAGGCCUCCUGUCUGUCCACCUAUCUGUGCUCCAUAGUAAACCUGCUCACCUGCAGGAUCCACCGGGUCGAACCGAACCGACAGCGCUGCUGCCUGGCUGCAGGAGCCCCAGGCCUCGCAAUCAGAACCGGUUCUGAUGCUCGCCUUCCCGUUGGACCCGAACCUGCUCUGGUUUGCGGCGGAACCGGCGAAUGAUGACAUCAGCGCGUGACCGUGUGUCCGCUACGCGCGUGAGCUGAUCGAUCGCUUCUCAGCUGACCCGAUACCCAGAACCCGGUACCCAGAACCCGGUACCCAGAACCCUCCCAGCGCUCCCAGUCCGGAUGCUGGCGGCCUCCAUCCAGGUCAGCGGGGAGCCGCUGUCGGCGGUCGAGGUCCAGGAUAUCUGCGACCGGCUCCGGGAGGACGGAGUUCGGCUGCUGUCGGUCCGCGGCUGCCGCGUGUCGGACCGGGACUUCGGCCGGCUCUGCCGCGGCGUGGCGGCCUCGCGCUGCCUCGCGCAGCUCAACCUCAAUCUGGGCGUGGUCUCGAGCAUCGGCCGCGCGCGCCACCUGGCGGACGCCUUGGCGGCCAACCGCUCCCUGCAGACGCUGUUCCUCCACGGCAGCCCGCUGCUGGACGCCGGCCUGGAGGCCCUGAACCCGGCGCUGGCCGCCCACCCGGCGCUGGUCUGCCUGGACCUGGGCGACUGCCUGCUGGGGGACGCGGCGCUGGCGCUGAUCUGCGGGAUGCUGCCGCCAGACGGAGCCAAAUCAGGUCUCAGAGAGCUGACGCUGAGCGCCAACCCGCGGAUCAGCACCAAGGCCUGGGCCCGGUUCUCGGUGGCGGUGGCUCACAGCUCCCAGCUCCGGGUCCUCAACCUGGACUACAACCCACUGGGUAAGGAACCGGAACCGGAGCCGGAGCCAGGUCUGGUUCUGAUGGGUCCGGUUCUAUCUGCAGGGGACCAGAUUGCGUCCAUGCUAGCUGUUGCCGUGGCGUCCAGUAGAACCCUGGAAGUUCUGGACCUGGAGGGAACCGGACUGACCCACCAGUCGGCGCAGGUUCUCACCAUAUUCUUCCUCCUCUUCCUCCUCUUCCUCAGCGGGCUGACAGCACAUGUUCUGGUUCUGGUUCUGGUUCUGGUUCUGCAGGUGUUCCUGGACAUGGUGGAGAACUACCCCACCUGCCUUCGGGUUCUGGUUCUGGCCGAAAACAAAGUGAGUCCAGAGCUGCAGCAGCAGAUCAGCGACCUGCUGUCUGAAGGGGAGGAGGACGGCCGGGAGGCUCCGCCCCCUCCGCCAGGCCACGCCCCCAGCUGUGCCCUGCAGCCAAUCAGAGAGAAGCCCCUCCCCUGGCUCCCCAACAGCAGUAAGGGCUGAAAGCGGUCUGGAUGGAGCCGGUUUUGUUGGACUCGGACCAGAACCGGCGUCCUCUGUGUGGUGUUUACUUGUCCUCUGGAUCCGUAGGAGUUUAGUGUUCUGUCUGGUGUUGAUCGGAUCCAGUUCUCCAGCAUUUUGCUGUUUGAAUAUUCAAUUUCUAUUGAUUAUUGUUAUUCUGUGGUUCUACUCAGGCCGGGUUCUGGUUCUGGAUUCAGUCAGGCUCAAAUUUGAAUUAAUAAUGUGUUAAAAGUGAUAUUUAAAUUCAGUCAUUUAAAUAUAUUUUAAAUUGAAUUCAGAUGAAGAAGCUAAUCUGAGCCUUGAAAGAGGUUCUGAUGGUUCUGACCGUCAUUCUGAUCUCCAAACCCGGUUCAGUCCAGGUCUGAUUCCCUGUCGGGCCGGACCCAGUUCAGACGGGUGGAACCAGAAUCUGUCAGCUCCAGUUCUCCCUCUGGUUGAUGGUUCUGUGGGUUUUUGGUACCGUUGACCCGGCUGAAAGGAACCGGACUGAACCUGGCGGUCUGAAGCCAGGAACCUGGUUCUAAAGUCUGAAUGACCUUUGACCCCACAGACUCCGGUCCGCCCACGGUCAUGCUGACGUCAGGAGUAGGUGAAAGCCUAUUGGCUGAAAAUGAAAGAUGACCACGCCCUCUUCCUGCUAGAUUGUCAUCACUUCCUGACCUGAAUGUUUGUCUGCUCCGACCUGAUUGGUGGGCCUGGGAAGGGGGCGGGGCUUGUUGACAGGUGUUGCUUUGUUCUGCUGUGAUGAUGUCACAAUAAAAACAGUUUACAGUUUGGUAA